AGCGACGCCGCGCGCUUCGCCAUGGAGCUUCGAAGAGCAGCGCUUCUUGUCGCCGCGGUGCUCUGGGGUGGCGCGGGGGCGGUCGGCGCUGGCAGGGCGGGGGCGCCUGCCGUGGGCGACCUGGGCGGCACGGUGCACGUGCAUUUAGAAGAGGGGGCGGCGGACCCGGUCGACGCAUGGAGAGCACAGAGGGAUAAUCUAGCGGAAGGACGGAGGAUUGCCGAGCUCGAUUACAAGAGCGCCCGCGCGAGGUCUGCAAUUGAAGCGUCAUUUGCCGCCGUAGAGGCCCGGCUCCGCGGCGACCCGCGGCGAUGAGCGCGCGGCGCGCGCGGCGGGCCACGAACCCGCGCCGCAAUAUUCGCCCCGCUCGCAGGGCGAAUGCGCGCGUGUAUGAGGAGGCUCGAGUGCG